AUGCCCGUCGACUUCGAUGCUAUCUGGGAGGACCUUCUGGCGGAUUUGAAGACACUCCCUGCUAUCUCGUUUGAUGGAUUUGUCCGCCGAAUUCAUUUCCGAGCUCGCUGGAAUAGUGACUUCAAGAGUCUAAGGAAGUACAUUGGCACUGACCAACCAUAUCCUGCUGGUGAUGAAAGUCACAACCAGGAGCUUGAUGGCAUGGACACAGGAAAUGACUUCAGCAGGCUGGGGAACUGGUUCCUUGCUACCGAAUUCAUGAGUAUUGAUGAUGAUGGCUAUUGGCAGGUGGCUAUGGCAGCGCAACUUGCACCGUUCCUCAUCUAUCCUAUCUUUACCCCAGGGGUACUCCGAGGCCUCAUGUCGAUGUGUCUUGCCGAACAUCUCAACACUAAAUUCAAAAGCAAUGACCAUCCCAGCCUCAUGGAGCUAACAAACACUACCGGCUUCGCAGAUUACUUCAUCAACAGAAUACAAACCAAAUCUUUCAUCAUCAAUCUUGCCUUGACUGAUCCCACAAGGUCAGAUCAUCUGUUUAGUAUUUCGAUCCUUCUGGUCGCGGACUAUCUGUAUUACAAAACUGCAUGGCUUGACAUAUUCAAACUGCUCUCAAAAGACAGACCAAGCUUUAAAGCACUCCAUGCCUGGUCUCUUGUGACAUGGAAUGAGCAGGAACGGCGCGAUGAAGUGGAGACAGAUAACAUUGUGAAGAACUGUGGUAUAGCCGCGACAAUGGCAUAUUGUUCUGUGCUAGGCUCGCUGUCGACUUUCGAUGCACUGAACUUCUUCUACAAGGCAGUAAUGGCUGCGAUUGAUACAGAUUCGUUUCCAGAACUUCGCCCGUAUCUCGACAGCAUCCAAGCAAGUCUGAAGAGGUUGAUUGACGAAGCCGCCAUCAUCAACGAAUUCGUAAGCUACUCCGAGAAGCUUUACACGACCUUCUACCACAACAUGUCCGAGAAUUGGCGUGAUGGUGUACGCAACGCGUGGAGAGAACGUAAUACUGGCGCUUUAACAGACUGGGUCAACAAGGCUACAGACUCGAAUUCUAGGAAUCUAUCUCCGCUUAUACCGGUGGAAUUACAAUCUAGUCUCUUAUCUGGAACGAACCUGAAUCUUUCUCGAAGUGAAUCAAAGCAGAUAGAGGCCGUUGCUAACAACAACCGGUUCCUUGUGUCCACGAAGCCGCCGCGAUAUAGCCACGAGGGGUAUGGCACCGUGGCGUCAAAGUCUCUGAAAGUGUGCUCGGUCGGCUUCAACGGUGAAAAGCCCUUUACAACACCAUCGCAGGUGUUCUACACUACUACUGGACUUCGAGCGGUAGACCCAGGUUCCGCCAAAGCGAGUUGUCCACAUGCCCAUAUUGGACCGCUGAGAAGGGGACACGUUAUUUAUCGCCUGGCUGGCAACCCCGAUGACUUUAAGUACGAGGCAGUGGAAAUAAGUUCCAUAGAAGUGGGCCCCAAAACAGAGCAAAACGUAUACAGCGUGUCACUGUGGGCAGGCGAGCAAUCGCAUCACGCAAACGGUUACCUUCUUGCCAUCAAUGAUCCCAACAGAGCUGUGGAAGCCGCGGCCCGUGCCCUUCGUGCCCUUCCACCGAAGAAGCGGAUUUCACUUCUUGCAUCAUUUCACGAGCUCAGUUCGACGUUCACGAAGAACGACAUUCAAGCUAUCCAUGAGCGACUGAAUCUCGAACUCUUUGGAAGUUAUGGGAAAAGAGAGGAAGGCCUAAUUUCACGGUCCGAAAUCUUCCCGGCCCUGGUCUCUCCAAGUGACCAGCUAAAAGCGAUGAAAUACAACCCUCGACAACUACCCAAUGGUGUGCCUCUGGACAGGAUACAAAGGAGAUUUUCGCUGUUAGCAAUAGGCGACUCCAACUUGCCUUCGGCAUACACGCUGCCCGACUUGAGCGUCAUAGAUGACUGUAUUCUUAUAAAUGACGUGCCUCAGAUGAGAUGCAAGGUGAACCACCAUAGGAGAACGUUUCAAUGGACACGCAGAGUUCAAGAAAAUAUGUUUGAACAUGGGGUUCUAUCACUUUACUCUCACGGGCUGUCGGGUAAGGGUGUGGUACUCAUUUCUCCCACAGAUGCACCAGAAGAUUGCUCAAAGAAGGACGUCCAAGCAUUUGAGGCAUUGCCCAAAAGCGUAGCAAAAAACAUCCAGCUGCUUCACGCCAAGCGGCAAGCGGGCGAACCUGAAAGCGACGAUGAAGGGGAAUACAUACCCGUUAUAACAGUCUCAAUGCAAUACGACAAGAGCACUUGGGCACCGGAUGAACCAAUAGAUGAACCGAAGGAUCCUAUGUCCGGUAUGGACGUGCAAUGGGGUUUUCUGUACCCACCUGAUGGAUCCCAGACCACAGAAACGAGAGUACCCAUUCUUGACGAGCUCAGAGAUCGACUUAACGAAAAAUACAAUCGAGAGUUUGAGAGGCUUUAUGAUAGCUGGGAGGUAAUACUGGAUGACGGCAGGACCAGAGCAACCGUGGAAUUCAACCUUGCAAGCGUCGUGCCUUUCAUCUCCGAUGCUGGAAUGGACGUCAACACUCUGAAUGUGAAUUUCAAGUCCCAGUUGGGGAUCGAUAUCACUCUUCCGAUUCUUUUCCAGUCAUUUUAUAUUGACUAUGAUGUGGACCUCCGCACUGUCAAGGGCGCCAUCUUCGACUAUAACCCUCUGAUGCGUGACACAAAAGGAGAUAGGCAUUACAUCUGUGGGACUUCCGACAUUGAUGAUUCCGAGAUCUAUGAUAUGCGAUUGAAGACAUCUAGAGCGUUUGCGGAUUGUGCGAACUUGACUGCGCCGACAUCGGUCACGUCGGCCUUACACCCAGCAGAUGUGACCGAACAGUUGCAUCUGUUGCAAGAGCCUACUGUUGAUGAACUUCUCAAUCCGUAUGGCUAUGAUGAGGUUGCACGCGAAGAUUUGACAGGCCAGGCCAAGCCCACAAACUUAGAUUCGAGUUUGGCGGAAAAUCUCCCGUCAGACUUGCGGAAAUUCUUUCGAGAGAAGUACGCCCCGGCGUUUCUAUGUCAGUCGGUGAUGCGUUAUGACAAGUAUGAAGACAAGUUCACAGAGCAGGAGAAGAAGAAUAUGCGGUAUUGGUGGGACGGAAAUGGUGAUAAGUGUCUUGCAAAGUCCAAGGAAUAUGCAGAAAUCAACCGCCGGGCUUCUGUUGAAGCUGUUCGACAAUUUAAUAAAGACAUACUCGAUAAAUAUCUCGACGAUAACCCGACGGAGUGGGCCUGCACUCUUUACGCCGCUUUGAAGGAUAAGGGGCGAAUGUUGACGUAUCUAGCACAUCCUAUCCAGGGCAGCGUAAAUGUGAUCAACCGCGAGUGCUGUAUCCUUGACGCAUUGGCACCAUCGGAGGGAAUAGCUGAUCAGUGGUUCGAAUACUUCGUUGGCUUCGCCAGUGAGCGCCAUAUUCAUUAUCCAUACAUUGAUCCAGACGAGGACCUGGCUGGUCAAUGGUUACAUGAUUCGAUGAAGGAUCUCAUUCAACGUGUCCUUGAGGGAGAUCCUUCCGUCGAUGAGGAUGUGCGCAAGGGGUUGGAAAAAGACAUAGAAGAGUUUGAAAAGGCGAAUGGACUUGAUCAAACUGCAUUAGCUGAGGCCAGGGCCAGCAAUAUCGUGGAGAAGGGAGCGGUGUUCUUUGCAGAAGCGAAGAUGUGGCUGACCGCCAUAGGCAAAGGCCUUGCGGUUGCUUUGCAAGGAACGAGGUUGUUUCAAUUGGCGGAAGCUAGCUUUGAGCAGGUGACAAAAGCUAUCGGUGACAGCCUGCCAGGGCUUAAGAAGCUGAAGCCAAUUGCUACUAUAGGAAUGGUCGCGUAUUACAUAUUCCAACUUGCGUCGAGUCUCUAUGGGCUGAUCACAGGUUGGGACACCAUGGAAGACGCUAAGAAAGCUGUGGUCAUAUUGGAGAUGAUACAGACCGUUGUGAAUGGCAUCAGUCAGGCUCGUGAUGCCUGGAAUAAUUACAAAAACAGAGAUACUGCCACAACUCCAGAGGACGCCUUAGAUACCGCCACUCUAAACCAGGGGGUUGAGAAGUCAGUUUCUGAAAGUGGAGGUGGGCUCGCUGAGAUGUCCGACGAGAUUAAUGGCGAAGGCACAUUCAACGAGAUUGUUGGCGACCACGUGCUCCCAGAGGGCCCAGCUACCGAAGGCGACAAUGCAGGACGUUGGAACGAAGGCGCCGAUAAACCGCCAGAGAAUAUUCCAGCUGGUGGGGAGGAUGUGGUGUCUAAGUGGAAUGUAUCUGGAAAUGCUGUCAAGAUCCUCAAUGCUUUCUUGGGCAUUGGAUUAGUUAUCGCAAUGACCUUCAGUUUGGUCCAGGACUGGGAUAAAUUGACAACGGGAGGAAAGAUCAUCAACAUGAUCGCACUGCUUUCGCAAACACUCACCGUGGUUUUGGAUAUUGUGGAGGUGGGCUCAUCCAUUGGACUCUAUACAGUCACAGGGGUGUUUGCCACAGCUUUGCCCAUACUCGGGGCUGUGCUCGCGGUUCUUGGCGUUGUGAUGAUGCUGAUCAACCUGUUUGUGAACUUGUUCGGGGGCUCACCACCUCCCGACCCGGUGCAGGAGUUCAUCGACCAUGUGGCGAAAGACCUAGUUGGCGGAUUUGAAAAGGCGCCUCCGCCGAAACUUGACUAUACCAUCCCCAGCGUCACCUAUGAAUCCGGCAAAGUGACGGGCAUCACCAUCAAGGGCGAAAACACCACAGCCGAUGAAAUCAGCAUCCCUAACGCACGAAUCAUUGUGACCAGCGGCAGCGACGACGUCUGUCUGUUCUCUACGAAUGAAUUCGAACUGGUGGAGGAUACAGACACGGAUAAAGACUCGGACGGACAUCUCUAUGUGACUCCGAACCGCAAAGCUGAGGGCACCUUGUCCAGUAGCGUCCUCGGCGACGAGACGGAAUACCAUGAAUAUGAUCUAGUGGUCGGAGGAAACAAGAAGGAUACGGAGAACAGUUUGCACAAGCUGAUCUUGCAAGCGAAGGAGAGCUUCACUGCAGUCUGGACGGGGAAGAUUAACAAAAGCGGCCGGAGCACGGUCGAGAUCAUUGAGAAAUCGGAUCUUGACAAAUGCCAUGUUCAGUACACGGUGUUGAGAAUCUGAAAGUCCGAACCUGCUGCUAUGAUUUGCUUUGUUCCAGCCCACAGAAUGGACUUUGGGUAUUGAUUGAUUAUGGCGUGCUUCUUAGCCAACAGAAUGAAACAACACGGAAAUUCCGAAUGGCUUUGAUACCGACCGGCACGGGUUUAUCCAAGCGACGGUAUUCGUCGGCGUCUUUGAAACUGAUAAUCAAAAAUCCCUCAGUAAUUAUUGGAUGCGAUGUUUUUCGAAGAUAUUGCCUCCCGGUAGUAACACACAGUCCUCUAGUCUAGUGUGUAGAAGUGAUGCGAC